AUGUUUGCGAUAAUGCAAGUGGAAACGGAUGAUAGAAGGGAGUUUCGGCGCAAAAUGCAUCGCGCCAAAUGUGAAUUCGUUUGCAAAUAUUGCCAACGUAGAUUCACAAAACCCUAUAAUUUGAUGAUACACGAACGUUCUCAUAAGGAUGACGUCACUUGGACGUGCGAAGUUUGUGGGAAAACGUUCAAACGUCAGGAUAAUCUCAAACAGCACAGGUAA